GGCAAAGGCGGGCGGACAGGGACCUUUACCUUUUCAUCAUCCUUCUCAGCAAGCCCUUCCCUACCUGGCUGCCGUCAGAAACAGUUGUUGGUAGAUGCCACUUCGGCUGCCAUCGAAGUCAGAUCUCCAUCUAUCUCCAUCAGUCAUAAGCACAGCGCCAUCUUCGACGCAGCAGCUGCCUAAAUGUGCCAUAUGCCAUCGUAAUCCCUCGCCCUACACCUGUCCCACUUGCAACAUCCCCUACUGCUCUCUUGUCUGCUUCAGAAACGAGAAGAAGCACGCGGGAUGUCUCGCAACAUUUCAAGGCAAAGCUGAAGAUCAGCUGAGAGAGGUCAGCCGGCUUGACCAUGACGCAGAUCUGCAAACAGGAGAGACAGAGGAGAAAGAUGCUCAGCGUAAGGAGGUCCUCGAUCUUCUGAGGAGGUAUCAGGCAGAGCAGGAUGAUGGCGAAGGCGGAAUGGAUCUGCAGUCGCUUCUAGAGUCGGCGCAAGGGCAAGAUAGCGCUGAAGAUAGCGACGACGAGAGUCAGACAGGCCUCCCACACGGUAAUCUUACCGAAGCCAAUCUGCCCUCUUCUACUGCAGCGUUGCUCGCCAUGCUGGACAAGGAGCAGCGAGAAACGUUCUUGGCCGCUGUUGGUCACGAGAAGCCGCACCAGUCAACGACUCAGGACACCUCACCUGCGAAUGUGGACACCGUUGCGCCGCUGCAGAGCAAGGAGCGAGCAAAGAAGCUAUGGGAGAAGAUUGUGCAGGAUGAGCAGCGGAGGACCGCUGAUGAUCAAGCAGCUGCAGGAGGCUCUUCUGCACAGCUCUGGUGGCUAAGCAAAGUCAGACCAGAUCGAGAAGCAGUCGAGGAAGACAUGACGCUGGGAACGGCUCCGCAUGCUCCUUCAUUCGAUGUUGAAGUUCAGACUCUGCUCGCUGUGAGACAAAGCAAGUCGGCGCCACCGCCGGCUAGAGGACUUGCUUGGAACUGCGUCUCUCUCUUGACGGCGUAUACCUACAUCCUCCUGCAUCUGGAUGUCCCCUCAUUCUCCUCUCUGCUGUCUAGGGCGACUUCUGGGGAGUAUGAGCUCAUUGUCCUCUCUUUCAAUCUGCUCGCAAGGCUUUGUCCCUUCCUCUUCGCUCUCCCCGCGGCUCAGGCAGGCGGCCCUUCUUCCUCUACCGCUUCCUCUGCCUCGAGCGAUGCGAAUCUUCUGCUCUCUGGUCCCUCCUCGGUCUCUUCAUACUUGCUAUCAAGGUUGGGCGACAGAGAUCGCUCAUCGAGGCCGAGUCAGCUUCUGCUCGAGCUGUACACGAAGGCUGCCAGCUUGAUGGAGGAGGACAACAUCACUGUCAACGGAUUGGAGCGGGCAAGCAAAGCUCACGGGACGUUUGCAGAUAUCUGGCUUCUAAUGGAUUGCGCCCUGGCCCAGCCAAGCAUCUUGUCCGCACUGGUAUUGCCCGUCUCCCUUGGUAAAGUCGCCAAGCCGAGCCAGGUGAAGCGCUCUGUUCAGCAAGCCAGCCGCAAGCUCAUCUUCUACUCGGCAACAUGUGCAUCAGCCACUAAUAGCGGUCACGGCACCCUACUCUCGUCCACCGAAGUCCUCGGCAAGCCUGUGCACAGCGGUUCAAAAGACGCUCUUUCCUCGCUGACAUCGCUCUCGUUGGAGGGAGAAGGCAGCCUGAGACCGCAUAAAAGCCAGCGGGAAGCCAAGACGCUGCACGAGGAGAUGGAAAUGCUGCGUGGGGAAGUCAAGGCUCUGGAGGAAGAGGAGAGGUGGUACGCUGCUCGACGGUUGGAGGUGGAGCGUCUAGGCGGUGGGAAAGAAGGGGCAAACAGCAUCGUGAUGUCGGCGGCCAAUAAGAGCACGGAUGCCCAACCCAGGAUCAAGCCCAUUGAUCCUGAGCCAAAUGUCCUUCCGGCAUGCGUCACGAAGGAGCCUGCAAUCACGCAAAGAGAAAGUCAGAAGGUCGAAAGUGGACCAAAAGCGAAAGGUUUCGCCGCGAAGCGUCUGGCGAGGCAGCAGAGGGAAGAGCAGUCCCGAAUGCCUGUUCGACAGACUGGCAGCGAAUCCUUGCAAGAUAGUAGUCCAGACGAGCAAGGGGAGGAGCAUGCAGAGAGGCAAGGUAAGCUCCCUUCGAAGGGAAUGAUCCAGAUGCUGGACUAGGCGUUGCCCUUCAGGAUACUUGUGCACCUCAGUGAAUGAUAAUGAUACCCACUCCGCUGGAACCUUGAAAUGGAACAAAAUCUCGUCAAC